GAGAGUUCUAGGCGACUUCGACCGUGCUGCUUGCUACAUUCUUUUCUUAUUGUGAUUAGGCCUACUGUUAUGUAAAUAUUCAUAAUGAAAUGUUGCAGAAGUUCUAAAACACAUUUCAGACGAUUAAUUUGGAAAGUUAAAUAUUUAGAAAGUACGAAAUUGUAAUAGUGUCGGUGUUGGUAGCCUAUAUAAACUUGAAGACGAGACUGGACAGCGACUUUGCGUAACAUUCCAUAAACAAUUAUGAAAAGCUAUCACAGGGUUCAUCUGGUUUUGGAAAGGAUGAAUCCAUGUUGACUGUUGUUCGUCAGUCCUUGGCUUGUUUGAAUAGGGAAACACUUGGAGGACACUAAAUUUCGUGACUCGAGCUGUUCGCAACUGCAAACUCUGACACAGGGAUAGCCUAUUCGACUCACUUGUUGGCAGUUUUUCUCUGAACAUGGACGGUUCGUGGAUUUUUGUCCUGGCUGCGUUAACAAUAGGACUGAUACAGAGGUGCGAUAGUCAUGGAGCUCGCGCAGGUGGCAGACAGAAUGCAACAGACCUUUCUAUUAGUCUUCAGACGACAACUGUUAGCUCAAACCAAAAACUUUCCUCAGUAUCCAGCUCAAAUAUCUCACAUCACAACAGCAAGCUGCCUUUUGGAGAGACUGGUAGAAAGGAUGGAUCCAAGGAUGAAUCCAAACAUCGGCUCACUGACUCUGAAGGCAGGUUACGUAGAACUCCCAGGCAACUGAGCAGGAGUAGCUCAACUAGACACAGGACGCGGACUGUGACCGGAGGCAAUGCCACCUCCAAUGGAGGGAAGCCGGCUACAUCCAAGCGUCUGGUUGGACCACAUGUGUGUGGCCAGCAGUGCUGCUCAGGAUGGGCUGUUGCUAGGGGAACCAACCGCUGCAUUAAACCUGACUGUCAACCUCCGUGUCAGAACCGGGGCUCCUGCAGCCGUCCCCACACCUGCGUGUGCCGCUCUGGCUUCCAGGGAGCGCGUUGUGAGGAGGUGGCACCUGAACAGGUGUAUAUUCGUGCUGGAGGCACAAGAGCCUUUACGAUAAUCCAGCCAAGUGGCGAGCAACUGCAGCAGCAGCAGCUGGUUCGCAGAGAGUCUGUGGAAAAACAACCUGUUGAAACCAGCUUCAAGACCCAGAUGCAAAGACCAGCCACCACCAGGCUUCCUCACUCCUCUUUGACCACACAGACAAAAGAAGGCUCUGCAAGUUCCUCCUCCAGACAGACGGGUGCAUCCAGGACAGUGAAGCGUUACCCAGAAUCCACUGCACAUCUCAACUCCAAUGCAUUGCCCACUGAGAACAGACAUGGCAAUGAGCUUGGUCCAGGUCUUUUGAACAAUAGCCCAAGACUACAAGACACAAGUGGGCAGAGCUCUAUCAACAGUGCAGUCUCACCAUCUGGGGCUAACCUCACUUCUGGUGUCGACCGCAUCAAGAUUGUUUUCACGCCCAUGGUGUGCCGCAGGACUUGCUCUGGAGGCCGCUGCUACAACAGCUGUGAGAGGGGAGAGAAGACCACUGUCUAUAGUGAGAACCAGAACCAGCCGCCAAAAAGCCAGGGCUUCCGCCUAUUCUUCUGUCAAAUACCCUGUCUGAACGGUGGCCGGUGUAUUGGUCAGAACCAAUGCUGGUGUCCGUCCAACUCCACUGGGAAGUUCUGUCACCUGCCAGCUCCGCCUCCAAGCAGAGCCACUAUCCAGGGAUCCAAUGGGAAUGGAGGACAUAAUAGCUCCUCCCACUCCAUGUAUACUUUGCCCCUUUCCAACCAGGGAGCCCAUACGCACCUAUCAAUGGUGAAUGUCCACAUUCAGCAUCCCCCAGAGGCUGAGGUCCAGGUGCAUCAGGUGGCUCGGGUCAAGCCAGGUCAGGCUGUGCAGAAUCAUAGCCGAGAUGGGUCAUCACACUCUGUGCAGCAGCGCUCUCAGCCUGCCCACGGCAAUGACCACAACCUCAUCAACGGCCAUGGCAAUGGCAACAGCAAGACCAGUCCCACAAGGCCCCUCAACAGACAGAAUGGACAUGUGGGAAGAUGCUUUCAGGAGACGGUUGAUGGCCAGUGCGGGAAGCCCCUCCCAGGUCUGACCAAGCAAGACGACUGCUGUGGAAGCGUGGGAGCGUCGUGGGGACUCAAUAAGUGCACCGAGUGUCCAAGCAAACCAGCCUAUGCAGUCAUUGCCAACGGCCAAGUGGAAUGUCCCAAAGGAUUCAAGAGACUGAACAGUACUCAUUGUCAGGAUAUAAACGAGUGUCUGAUGUCUGGGAUUUGUAAGCAUGCAGAGUGUCUUAACACCAGAGGAAGCUACAGAUGCACUUGCAAGCCAGGAUACAUGCUGGAUCCUUCCCGAAGUCAUUGUGUCUCGGAUAAAGCAGUGUCUGUAGCCAAAGACUUUUGCUACCGCUCCACCUCCGAAGGCACCUGUUCCCUGCCCCUCCCCCAGCAGAUCACCAAGCAGAUCUGUUGCUGUAGUCGCGUGGGAAAGGCCUGGGGCUCCAGCUGCCAGAGAUGCCCUGUCCCUGACACAGAGCACUUUAGGGAGAUCUGCCCGGCUGGCCACGGCUACACAUACUCACACUCGGACAUCCAGAUAUCUCUCAGGAAGAUGGAAGAAGAGGAGAAGUACCCUCCAGCCACCCAAAGGCCAUACUUCCCCUAUCAGCCACAACUUCCCCACAUCCCCAGCCACCAGCCUCAUAGACCUUCCUAUCCACAGACUCCUGCUAACCCACAAGUUCCCUCAUACGAGUCCGAGGUCCCACAAGUACCCCACCGGCCUCAUAGACCUUCCUAUCCACAGACUCCUGCUAACCCACAAGUUCCCUCAUACGAGUCUGAGGUCCCACAAGUACCCCACCAGCCUCAUAGACCUUCCUAUCCACAGACUCCUGCUAACCCACAAGUUCCCUCAUACGAGUCCGAGGUCCCACAAGUACCCCACCAGCCUCAUAGACCUUCCUAUCCACAGACUCCUGCUAACCCACAAGUUCCCUCAUACGAGUCCGAGGUCCCACAAGUACCCCACCAGCCUCAUAGACCUUCCUAUCCACAGACUCCUGCUAACCCACAAGUUCCCUCAUACGAGUCUGAGGUCCCACAAGUACCCCACCAGCCUCAUAGACCUUCCUAUCCACAGACUCCUGCUAACCCACAAGUUCCCUCAUACGAGUCCGAGGUCCCACAAGUACCCGAGGUGCCCACAUUUCCACAGGUGCCCACACAGCCACGGCCUUCUAGAAUCCCACCGAUACCUCACCACCCUUCCCUGGAACCACACCAGACAGGCAAAAUCCCUUCACAACGUGUUCCACAUGAUAAUGAUGCUGAUGCUGCGGAAGUGAUCCCUUCCACUGAGUCACCAUCUGGCCACCCAGAUUUGAUGGAUAUUUCAACCCCUCCCAUCACUACCCACUCGAAGCCAGAUUCGAGUAUCAAGGACAAGACCACUGCUUCCAGAAAUGUGUCCAAACAGGUGACAGACAUUGACCGAUGCUCCUUGACUCCCACAAUCUGUGGACCUGGCCAGUGUGUGUCAGUCCAGACUGGGUACACGUGCCGCUGUUACCCUGGCUAUCAGCAUAAUGCCCUGCAGACUCAGUGCAUAGAUAUCAAUGAGUGUGAGGAGAACGUGUGUGGCGAGAACGCCCGCUGUGUCAACUCCUAUGGCUCCUAUUCGUGUCACUGCCAGACUGGUUUUAGCCAGGCCAUCACCCAGAACAGGAAGUUCUGCCAAGAUGUGAAUGAGUGUGACAUGCCCAAUAAGUGUCCAGGGGGCCACUGUGUGAACACGGAGGGAUCUUACACAUGCGAGUGCAAGACUGGCUUUACCAAGAAUGGGAGAGGCCACUGCGAAGAUGUGAAUGAAUGUCUGUCCUCAACUGUGUGUGCCAAUGGUCACUGUAUAAACACAAAGGGCUCUUACCAGUGCGUCUGCAAUUUUGGAUACGAAACUGCUCCGGACCAAAGCAGUUGUCAGGAUGUGGAUGAGUGCUCCCUCUCUGGAAUCUGUGAUCAUGGACAGUGCACCAAUCUGCAAGGGUCUUAUAGCUGCAGUUGUAACCUUGGUUACCAAGCAACUCUAAAUGCUAAGGCCUGUGAGGAUAUCAAUGAGUGUGCCACCACAAAUGUGUGCCCCAAUGGAAUAUGCACCAACACAGAAGGUUCCUACACCUGCACAAAUUGCCAGUCUGGUUUCGUCAAAUCAGCUGAUGGACAGAUAUGUGAAGACAUUGAUGAGUGUGUUGCUUCGGAUGCCGUUUGUUUGGACGGCGUGUGUACAAACACUGAGGGCUCUUACACUUGCACCUUAUGCCGCACCGGCUACCGCUUAUCCCUGGACAGGCAGCAGUGUGAGGAUAUUGAUGAGUGUCUUACUGAAUCCAUCUGCAACAAUGGCAUCUGUCUGAACUCCGACGGCUCCUACUCCUGCACAGCCUGUCCCACUGGAUACCUCGUUUCAUCAGAUGGCGAGAUCUGUGAAGAUAUUGACGAAUGCCAUUCUCCUGGAGUUUGUCCCCUGGGUUUGUGCACAAACACUCCAGGCUCUUUCUCCUGCAUGGCUUGUGACACUGGCUAUAAACUGUCCUCUGAUAAAAUCACAUGUGAAGAUGUAGAUGAGUGUGAAGAGGACAUCUGCGCGGGUGGAGAGUGCACCAAUACUCCUGGAUCCUUCAGCUGCUCCUGCCCUGAAGGGUUUGAGCACCAUGAGACAGGCUGUACAGAUGUGAAUGAGUGUUUGGCAGUCGGGGUGUGUGGUGAUGGAGACUGUCUGAACACUGAAGGCUCCUUCCUCUGCAUUUGUCCUGUGGGAUAUGCCCAGGCCAAAGAUGGACUUGGAUGUCAUGAUGUGGAUGAGUGCGAGAAGGGCAAUGUGUGCUUCCAGGGCCAGUGUCUCAAUACAGAGGGCUCAUUCCAGUGUGUAUGUGAGGCUGGCUACAAGUUCUCCACACAGACAGGGGAUUGUGAAGAUCUGGAUGAGUGUAAAGAAUAUGGUAGUAAUGUGUGCGGAACAUGGCAUUGUGAGAACACCUUGGGUUCCUACCGCUGCUUUAUGGGUUGCCAGCCUGGUUUCGAUGGUGACGAGAAUGGAGACUGUGAUAUUGAUGAGUGUGUGAACGAGACAAUAUGUGGAGAGCAUGGAUUCUGUGAGAACACAGAUGGCUCCUAUCGCUGUCAAUGUUACCGUGGAUACGCUAAUGCACCAGAUGCCCAAGGGUGUGUGGACAUAAAUGAGUGUGAAACAAGCACCGAUUACUGUGGGGAGGCCUGGUGUGAGAAUGUGGAGGGGAGUUUCCUGUGUAUCUGCACCAAUGAGGAAGAGGAAUUCGACCCCAUCAGCAACCAAUGCCACAGUACUCGGGGGGCCUUAGUGGAACACGCGGGAGUUCCGUUGCCCUCGGUGACGCUCUCACAUGGCGAGGAGAGGAAGCAGUGCUACUACAACCUCAACGACGCCAACUUGUGCCUUAAUGUGCUCUCACACAACACCACCAUCGAGGAGUGCUGCUGCACAGUCGGGGCUGGCUGGGGGGACAACUGUGAGAUCCACCCCUGCCCUCCGACUGGGAGAGCUGAGUAUGACCAACUAUGUCCGAAGGGCAAUGGUGUUCUGCCUGUGACCACAGACUUUGGACAGCAGCUUUUCAAAGAUGCGGAUGAAUGUUCAAUGUUUGGACCUGAGAUUUGUAAGAAUGGUAUCUGCACCAACCUUUUCUCCUCAUACUCCUGCUAUUGUCAAAAUGGCUACUACUAUGAUAAUAUCCGCCUUGAAUGUGUGGAUCAUGAUGAAUGUCUGGAUGAGGGAACGUGUGAGGGAGGGGCUUGUGUGAACAUCGCAGGGUCCUUCAACUGCUUCUGCAGCCCUCCUCUCAUCCUGGACAGCACACGCCGCCGCUGCGUCUCUGUGAACGGCACAGGCGACGGCCAGAGUCUGGAGGAUGACAUCCACAUGGACAUCUGCUGGCAGCAGCUCACUGAUGAUGACAUGUGUUCUAGUCCUUUGAUUGGCAUCAGGACUACCUACACGGAAUGCUGCUGUCUCUAUGGCAUUGCCUGGGGCAAACUAUGUGCCUUCUGCCCCACACGGUCAUCUGAGGACUUUGCGACGUUGUGCAAUGUGCCGAACAGAGGUUCCGACAGCCUGCGUGAGAGACCCGGUUAUGAGUACGGCCCCGAUCUCCCGCCGCCGCAAGGCCCGUUUGACCCCUACUGGAAUAACUACGGGCCCCUGGAAGGUGGAGGGACAUACUUUGACCCUGAGGAGUCCCAGUCCGUCCCCCUGUUCACAGACCCCUCCAGUGAUUACAGCUCAAGGGAGACAGUCAGUGGACCUGUUCACCGGCCCAGAGAAAACCCACCCCCUGUUCAUGUGGAUGACUUUAGAGACCGCUAUGACAGCUUUGAGGGUCUACGGGCAGAGGAGUGUGGCGUGUUGAAUGGCUGUGAAAAUGGCCGUUGUGUACGUGUACGGGAGGGCUACACAUGUGAUUGCUUUGACGGCUACGUGCUUGACCUCACCAAGAUGGCCUGUAUGGACAUAAACGAGUGUGAAGAUAUCAAUGACAAGGUGGCACUGUGUAAGAAUGGAGAAUGCGUCAACAGUGAGGGCUCCUACAAGUGCAACUGCCUGCCAGGGUUCGUCAUGUCCACCAACCCUCACGAGUGCAUUCCAGAGACCCAGAAGUCCCCUCCUGGUGGGGAGGAGAAGUAACGACUCUCCUGAACUCCUUCCUUUCACCCCUCUGUCUCUAAAUACUCAUGUCUGUUUUUCCAAGGGGCCUGCAAUAAGGUCCUACCCAUAAAGCCAUGACCCAUUCCAUAUACACACAUGCUCACUCAGAUGUCCUUGGGUAGCCUACCUUGGUUGUAUCAGGUAGAUGAAGUACGCUCUAAGAUUGCUCCGGCCUCCAGGCUAAGUUUGGGAAUAGGAAUGGAUCUGUCCUCACUCAUGUGAAUGACAUCACACAGGAAGGAUUAAGCAUUAGAACGACUGGCUCAGCUAGUUUAUGUCCAUGGUACAACAUAAUAAGUGUAGUGCCAGGGACACAUGUUACCCAAGGAAACUAGAGUGACUGUGCACAUAUAUACACACACACAUGCAACCCUCCACCCUCAGAAAUGUGCACAUUCGUUGGAUCUGCGACUAUAAUGCUCGAUAGAUAACAUAUUAGAUAAGACACAGGGGCUGUUUAAGGGUUAUUUCUAUCUCAGUUAAUGAAUAUAAUAAAAUGUUAACGCAUUACCAUUUCAGAUUUGUUACAAUCAAGAUCUACUGGAGGAUCAUAUUCCAUGUGUUAUAUAUCGGAUCAGUUCCAAUUUUAGUGGUUUUAAAUUGGAUUUACUUAACAACCCAUUAAGUGCACUUUUACGUAUAUGCAAAGUGCACUCUUCUUGAAGACAAAUUCUAAGUUGCUUCAAACAGGAAAUGCAGAUGUUAAAUCUUGAAGCCCUAAAGUUACAGUCCGCAAUUGUAAUCCAGUUCUCUAUUUGUCAAAUUCAGCAAAUUGCUCCUUAUGGUCCUCUUGCGAUGUGUGCACUUACAGUAAAAGAGUCCAUACAGUCAAGGCCCUGAAAAUGGACAAAGUGGCAGAAUAGUGGCCUUUCCCGAAACAAUUUCAGCUUCAGCAUUUGAUUCUGGAGCACAGGAGAGGUGUCAUUUGAUUGGCUGUUGUGUCAAUGACUAUUUUCAUUAAGAGAUUCAAACUGGACUGAUAUUUCGCACAUGGGUUAUGUUUGAAAGUAAUGAAACGGGCAAAUCUUAAAUGGUCAAGCAGAAAGUGUGCAGAUGAAACUGAGCUGGAAUGACCCUAAAAGGUAAACGGUCCUAUGACAAGUUACAAACCAUACUCACCAAGCAGUGAAGCAGUCCUUUUGUAUUUGCUGUUUUGUGUUAUGUGUAUUCUAUUUAUCUUCAGGAGGCUUCAGAGAAUGCUGUCCCCCCCCGAGAGUGUGUUAUGUAUUAAACAGCACUCACCUUCAGGCACAAAUAAAUUAAAUUGGACUUUUGAAUAGCCUAGGUUUUAUGGUUUAAUGGUUUUUGGUUUCCACCUUUGGUUUGUUAGUUUGUUUGUUUGUUUUUCAAAAUCACCCAUAACACAUUCCUUACCAUGCAACUCUGAACCUUGGUUGAGGCUUUUUUGUUAACUUGUACAGAUAAAGGUCAGUGUAUUAAUUGUUUAUUAUUAUUAUUAUUAUUAUUAUUAUUAUUAUUAUCCAAUUAUAACUAUAGAAAAUGUUUUUUACAUAAAAUAAGGAAAGACAACAGAACAAAACCCGUUGCCUCUGAUCUUUGUAGAUUUAUUAUAUGUACAAAUGAUUUUUUAUAUCUUUUAUACCUGAGAAAAGUGGUUUACACUGUACAAGAGAAAUUGUUUGUAACCUGCCCUGUGGAGCAGAAAUAUAAUUUUAACCAAUGGCAGCACCUUCGUGAUGCCCUCAAAUUACCUACACAAAAAGUGCCCAAAGUGCCCAUCGGUAAGCGCUUGAGAAUACUCAUAUACAGUGUAUCUGUACCUCGAAAUAUGUGAUUAUUUUGGAUAAUUGUAGGCCUAUGUCUAUUAUUAGUGACUAGAAUCUAGAAUCUAGAAUUAUAUGUCUGUUAUCAACUUUGGCCCAUUUAUAGCCCACAAGAUGUCCCUACUGUGUAAACCAACUUCCACCGAAAUGUCAAUGCUAUUGCCACUUGCUGGCUAUCUGCUGUCAACAGACAGAUGCAAAUGCAGCGCUUUAGGUCAUAUUACCGAAGUUUAGGUCAGUUUGCCGAAAUUUAGGUCAGCUACGGUUAAUCCUUUAACAGAUUUAUCCUCAAAAACAUCAAUGGGUUUCAAGGUUUCAUUUGAAGCCUUUUGAAACAAAUUGCUUACCCUGAUUGUGAAAAUACCCCCAAUUUAAAGUGAUGUAAACACUCUAGUACUUAUGUCAUGUUUGCAAACAAUUCCAUUUGGUAUAUUUACUCUGUUCACUCUGAAAAUCUGAUGAAAAUUGAUUAUUCAUUUUAGAAUUAUGUGUAUUCAGUUUUAACCUUCCUAACCAUUUCUCAAUUGAUGAGGGCUGAGCUGAAUUUACAUCCUCACAAAAACCUGAAUAUCAAUAAUAUAAUUGAUAUUGGGAACAUUUCAUAUGGUCAUGGAAAAUAUGAUGAUGACUACACUCCAAAGUAUCAAGAUGAAGUGAUAUUAUUGGAUACCUUGUAUUUACUGAAGCAUGUAAGCUACCUGGGCAGUAUCAGGCGGUCACUGUUGUCUCUACACCCUAUGUUCAGGGUACAAAUGAUUUUAUCUACACAUUUCAAUGUUUAUUGUAAUGGUUAAACAGAAUAUAAACUGGUCUUCAUUUGUCAUGUUUAUUUCAUUCAUUUCUGACUGUAGGCAACUCUGGUCAAAAAAAUAAAGUCUGAAAAUACUCCACCCAC